ACAACACAACAAACCCUUCUAUGAAAGGAGAAUAACAAAAAGGCAGUUCCAAAUCCCACAGAAGGAGAAGGGAAACUCCAAUGAAAUAAUGGACAAGGGGUAUUGGAAUAGGUAAAACUGGAGGGCAGGAGUUUUUGUUUGAGUAUUGGGGUAUCAAUCCUAUUGUCUAUACAGAUGCACCUUAUAUAUGUCCCGUGUACAACAUGUAUGUGAUAUGUAUAGAUAGAAGUACAUAGGUAUGUGUAUAGGGAAAAUGAGAUUAAAACUACACCUUAAAGAUGGCGCUGAAUGAUUUGUUAUUACAGGAUAUAACAAAACCACAUUGUUUGAUUUAACCAUAUACUCAGUGAGUAGGUGGGAGUAGAUAUCCGGUUUAAUAAUCACAUAUAAAGCUCUUCCUGGGGGUCGGCCCCCUGACUUCUGCCUGGACUGGAAAGUGCUGGUUCUGUUGGGGUCGCUGCUGAGUCUGAUUGGGGGAGUCCGUCAGCUUCUGUGCUAAGUCUUAUCUCCAAUGGACUUUUUCACUUUUUGAAUGUUCACUUCACUUGCCCAACGGUGACAUCAAGUGGUGAGAGAACAGCUUUCACAUUAAGGGGAUUAUUUACUAAAAGGUGAGAAGAUGAUGAGCUAUAACUUAUCUUCAGAUAAAGAAGAUGAUGUCACUAUAGAAGUAGCAGCUCUAGGGCAUCAGUUCUCUCUGGGGAUGCUCUAUGAUAUCUGCAAUGACAAACUCGUUCCAGGGGUCACUUUGAGGAAUCAGAAAUAUUUGAAUAAAGAAAUGGUAUCAACAACAUACAAUGAGAAGAUUUCAUUUGAGAUGAUACCGUCCGACUGUCUCUCAGACAAAUUCUCAGCUAUGAAUAUCUCUGCAUCUCUAAAGGCCAGUUUCCUUGCUGGUCUGGUAGAUGUUAGUGGAUCAGCUUCUUACCUGAAUGAUACCAAGACCUCUAAACACCAAGCCAGAGUCACCCUCAAAUACUCUAGAACCACCAGGUUUGAACAUCUGAGUAUGGACCACUUGGGUAUCAAGAAUGUGACCUACCGUGAUGUGUUUGAUAAGGGAACAGCUACUCAUGUUGUGACUGGAAUUGUAUACGGGACUCAGACUUUUCUGGUACUUGAUUCUGAAAGUGCAACAGCAGAGGACCUUCAGAAUGCUUAUGAUACUCUCCAUGAACUAAUCACAAAACUGCAUACAGUUUCCGCUGAACAAAGAGAGGAAGAUUUAAAAGUUAAUGAAAAGGAAAUAGAAAUUCUGGACAAGUUUACGUGUACCUUUUAUGGAGACUUUGCAUUUGAUACAAAAAGGGUCACGUGUAAAGAUGCCAUUGAUAUCUGUACUAAACUUCCACGGCUGUUUGGAAAGAAUGAGGAGAAGGCAGUGCCGGUGAGAGUCUGGUUGUAUCCGCUGAGUAAAUUGGACAGGAAAGCUCAGAGACUGGUCCAGGAGAUCAGUGAGAAUGUCAUAGACAGGGCUGAACAGAUUAUUGAACAUGUGACAGAAGUAAACAUUCAAUGUAAUGAUCUGAUAAAUCAUUUAACUGCAAUAACAUUCCCUGAUUAUAAGCAACAAUUUAUUCAGUUUAAAGAACUGUGGGAGAAACACAAAACAACAUUUCAGAAGGAGUUGGCACAGACCUUGCCUUUGGUCCGCAGAGGAGCAUUAGAAGAAGCUGAACUUGCCCGUAUAAUUGACAGAUGGGAACAGUCUCCAUUUGGAAAGGCUCAUAGUGAAGAUUUUCUCAGCAAUACGCUACAAGAGAUGGAUUUUAUCAAAUCCUACUUGCAAAUGUUUCCAAAUGUUAUGGUUCUGUCAUCUCAAUACAAUAUGCGAGCGGUUCUGUCUGAUCCCAAGAUCCAAUAUUUGAUUUGUUACAAUUUUAAUUUGUUAGAAGCUCCAUGUCUCCCAAACAUGGUCUCUUGGCUCAAAAAAAAACAAAAUAAACCAUCUCAUGAUGUCUACGUGUGUGGCAAGGAAACCCCAUGGUUCAAAGAAGAAGAAGCCUCCAAGAAGGGUUUAAAAUAUGCAGCAGCAUUUCAGGAACUUGUCUGCAACAACAAAGACAAUGAACAGACUGGGUUUGCUAUAUCAGCAACCUGGGACCCACACAAUGUAGGAAUCUCCAUUCAUCUGUAUAAAGCUGGAAUGUUAGUGAGCUCAAUGUUUGAACCUCCAGCUAAACCUAAAACUCCAAGUAUCAGUAGCAAGACCCAUGAAAGUAUAAAAAUUACCAUGAGACCUGAUGAUUUUGGGAAGGAGUUCAUAACAGGUUACUUUAUAGAAUACAAACAGGAUGGAGAAGUGAGUUGGUCUGGUCUUAGAACAGAUAGCACUGACCAAAAUGUGACAAUCAUGGGAUUGAACCCCAACACAGGGUAUCAGUUUAGAUAUAAUGCAGAGUGUAUAGCAGGAAUCAGUGCAGUGAGUGAAAUUACUAAAGGGAAAACAACUUUUCCCACUGGUCCUCCCAAGAACAUCAAAGCAGUGUCUAUUCAACAUACAAUUAGUCUGUCCUGGAAGGAACCAUCUGUAAUUCGAAAUGGAGUGUUGGUGACUGAAUAUAGAGUGGAAUGGAAGGAGGCUACACAAACACAGGGCUGGUCUAAUACAAGAACUGGCAGGAAAGUAGAGGAUUUUAUUAUCAAAGGACUGAGUCCAAUGACGCUCUACAAAGUUCGUGUGUCAGCCGUUUGUGGCACAUUUGGGACCAGUGCUCCAUGUGAAGAUAUUGAAAUUUUUACAGAAUCCUCUUGCAUUAAACACCAGUUUCUAAAAAGAAGUUCUAAGCUAAUAGAAGGACCACCUUCUGUGUUUCAGUUGAACACUGAUAUUUGGAAUACUAAAUAUCGCAAAUAUAAUCUAGGGAAAAGAAAACUCUAUGGCCAAAAUAAAGUGAUAUUACUAGUGGGGGCUGUAGGCUCAGGAAAGACCACUCUUAUCAAUGGAAUGUGCAACUACAUCCUGGGAGUGGACUGGGAAGAUGACUAUCGGUUCAAACUUGUUCAUGAAGUUACUAACCAGUCUGAAGCUCACAGCCAAACGUCUGAUGUCACAGCCUAUGUCAUUAACCAUAAUGAAGAAUACAGAAUUCCUUAUUCCCUCACCCUGAUAGACACCCCAGGAUUUGGUGAGCAGGAUAAAAAGAUCACACAGGAUAUUGAGACAUUCCUAUGUGACAAUGGCAUUGACCAGAUUGAUGCCGUGUGCUUUGUGGUUCAGUCCUAUUUGACUCGUCUCACUCCCUCCCAGAAAUAUAUUUUUAAUUCUUUCCUUUCAGUUUUUGGAAAAGAUAUUAGAGACAACAUACGAAUUCUCAUUAACUUCUCAGAUGGGCUUAGAGCCCCAGUUCUAGAUGCCAUUAAAUCUACCGACAUACCUUUCCCAUUGGGCAAUGACGGGGACCCCAUUCACUUUAAAUUCAAUAAUUCUCUGUUUUCCAAAAACCAGUCAAGUGAGUUGUGUUUUGACAAGAUGUUCUGGACCAGUAUGGAGGCAUUUUUUACCUCGGUAGGAAGAAUGGAAACCAAAAACUUGAGGCGCACAAUGAAACAGCUGGAGGUGAAUCUACAGACUCUGCAGCCACAGAUUAAGACUGGACUUGUGAAAAUAGAAGAAAUAGAUAAAACAGAGUCAUCUUUACAGCAGAACAAAGCUCUUGUGACUGCAAAUAAGAACUUUGAAUAUGAAGUUGAAAUAGCUGUACCCAUAAAACAGGAGAUACAAAAGGACUUUAUAACAUACUGCCAGCAAUGUCACUUCACUUGCCACUCUCCCUGUACAAUCGCAGAUGAUAAUCAAAAGAUGAAUUGUGCUUCCAUGAAGAAUAAUUACUGUACAGUUUGUCCUGGAAAAUGCUUCUGGAAUUUUCAUUCCAAUCAAAAGUACAGGUGGGAUUAUGUGUACAAAAAGGAAAAGAAGGCCUACCAUGAGUUAAAACAUAAAUAUGAGCAAGUUUCUGGUGAAGUCAUGACUUUGGAAAACAUUUUGGCACAACUGAGUGAAGAGUAUGUGGAUGCAAAGGUAGUGGUGAUGGAACUUAUUGGGAGAUCCUCUCAUAGUCUGAAUCGCCUCCAGGAAAUCGCCCAAACACCAAAACUUCUGACAAUAACCAAAUACAUCGACAUGAUGAUAAAGAGUGAGGAACAAGAAGCCAAACUUGGUUAUCGGAGCCGGAUCAGAUAUCUGAGGGAAGUGAGAAUGGAUGCUGAGCUAGUUGAGAAGACGGAGAAGAAAGAAGAGCUGCCGCCAUCACAGGAUUCUCAUUAUGUCGGGGGUGAACACAACACCAAUUGUGUGAUAAGUUAA